UGCUACGUAGUUUCGAAAGGCCCCGAAUACAUCGAAAUAGCGCCAUCGAUGGCGCAACAGGUUUUGAUAUGUCAGCAGGCGCUGCAGCUUGGACUCGAGCUGCGUUUUCCCGACCUCGACAAGCUACCCCAGUGAAGGUGUCCGGCUCGCCUAAUUAAUUACUUAAAAGGAGCGCAUCUCCCGCUCGUCGUUCGUUUUUAAAACUCGAACCAUAAUUACCUGCACAGCUGUCAAGUCACCCAUCCGCUCACCGGAAGAGAAGAACAAAAGUAAACAAACCUUCGAGCAGUGGCAAAAGCUGAGCAGACACCAUGGCGUCCCAAGACAAGCUCAUCCUCUACACCAACCACAUCUGCCCUUGGGCGCACCGGGCACAUAUCGCGCUGGAGGAGCUCAAGAUCCCAUACGAGGAGGUCAUCAUCGACCUGACCAAGCCGCGGACGCCCGAGUACCUGCAGAUCAACCCGCGCGGGCUGGUGCCGGCGCUGUCGUACAACGGCGAGAUCAUCACCGAGUCAGCCAUUGUCGCGCAGUUCCUGGCCGACCGGUACCCGUCCCACUUGGUGCCGCCCUCGGACGCCCCCGGCGGCGCCCUCCGCCGCGCGCGCAUCGCCUUCUUCGUCGAUGCCUACUUCUCCAAGGUCUUCAACGUCCUGCUCGGUCUCAACUCGGCCAAGACCGAGGAGGCCCAGAAAGCGGUCGCCGAAAAGGUGGUUGAGGGCCUCCUCAAGGAGGUCGAACCGCUGCUGGCUGACGCCAACCCCUUCUUUGGCGGCAGCGACAAGCUCACCCUGGCCGAGGUUCUGACCGGCUCGUUCGUCAUCCGUCUCAAGGCCGUGACGCAGGCCAACAUCUAUCCCAAGUCCAUCUGGGCGGCCAUCGAGGAGAAGGCGCCCAACUUCCGCAAGUGGGCCGAGGCCGUGAUCGCACACCCCAGCGUGACGUCCAUCUGGAAUGAGGAGAAGGUCUUGGAGAUCACCAAGACCCGGCUUGAGAAGGCCCGAGCAAGCGCUUAAGGGUGCCGUGCUGGACUUAGCUACCUAAUCAAAUGCUGUAUGUCGGUAGUUUGUAAUUGUGUAUGUACUGCACAUGCAGAACAUGCAGAGAGUAAAGUGUGAAGCAGCUCUCUACCACGCUGCCACUUGAAAUAAAAGACCAUAAUUGGCAUUCGAUGAAUGAAGCAGGCGUGUUGCGCAAGUGGAUAAUUAAAAGACACAGGAUUCUGUGUGCGUAUUCAACGAGAGUUUCUGCUGUCAUUAUAGGAGUGACGCUGCCAUCUUUGAUGAGCUUCAGAAUCAUUCGUGUAUAA